AUGGCCCCGGAUGACCUCUGUGAAGCGUGCAUGGCUGUCUUUGCGGAUGGGUCCUUUGGCAGAUACGCCCUCAGCGAUUGCAACGUCGUCGAUUCCGAAGACGACGAUCCCGAAGACGACGAUCCCGAGAGUCCUGGCAACGGAGCUGUGAGUAUUUUCGCAUUCCCUGUUGAAAACUUCGGCAAUAAUGCUCAGCUGAUCCAUUUGGGCGAACUUUCCCUGUCAAGUGAAAAUACUGGCAGCAAGGAGGUGGUGCAGAUGGCAAAGGGAUUACUUCAGCAUUGCUUAGAACGCCACAACUUGUGUGCCGAUGAGAGCGGCCCUGAUUGGCGGCCACGAAGGCUACUCGCUCUUGAUGGAUCAUUCGCAAAGCUGGUCGAAACAACUGGUCGAGACUUGACCGAUCCAUAUGCCACACUGAGCCAUUGUUGGGGAGGGACGCCUAGCUUCGUGCUUACCAGCCAAAACAUGAGCGAGUUUCAAAGGGGGCUUGCCUUCAGCCAGUUCGAUGCGACAUUCUACGACGCGAUGAUAACAGCUCAGAAGCUUGGUAUCCACUACAUCUGGAUCGACUGCUACUGUAUUGUUCAAGGGCAAGGCGAAGCAAGUCUACGAGACUGGAAAGAGCAGUCCGUCCUCAUGCACAAAGUGUACUCCAAUGGCAUAGUCAACAUUGGUGCUGCCCAUGGAGUAGACUCACGCGCUGGAUUAUUUGUAUCUCGAGAACGAUGGAGGGAUCUGCACUAUCCGCUGGCAGCCGUUUCACAUCAAGUCGGAGUCAUCGUCGUCUACUGUACAGCUGAACAUUAG